CCUCGGUCCGGCGGUUCCCCGACCCCAUCCCCGUUUCCAGCCACGGCGUCGAAAAUAUUCUUCCGCCUUGUUUCCCUUAAGACCCUGCGGACGAGACGGCCGUCACCGGUUCGACGGCCGGCGGCGCGUGGCGGCGGAGGCGGCGGAGGAGAUGGUGUCGUUCCUGAAGGCGCUGGUGUACGGGGCUGGGGGCGUGGUGGUGGUGGGAAUGGUGGCGCUGGUGGCGCUUCAGGAGAAACUCGUCUACGUGCCGGUGCUCCCGGGCCUCGCUCGAUCCUACCCCAUUACCCCCUCCCGCCUUCGUCUGGACUACGAGGACGUCUGGCUCCGCUCCUCGGACGGUGUCCGCCUCCACGCCUGGUUCGUCAAGCACGAUCCCCCACUACGAGGUCCAACCGUACUAUUUUUCCAAGAAAAUGCUGGCAAUAUUGCUCACCGUCUUGAAUUUGUCCGUAUAAUGAUGCAGAGACUGCAUUGCAAUGUGUUUAUGCUUUCUUAUAGAGGGUAUGGGGAAAGUGAUGGUUACCCAUCUCAGCAUGGCAUUAUAAAGGAUGCUCAGGCGGCACUAGAUCAUCUAACUCAGAGGAAUGAUAUUGACCCAUCUAGAAUAGUUAUUUUUGGAAGAUCAUUAGGAGGUGCGGUUGGAUCAGUGCUUGCAAAAAAUAAUCCUGAUAAGGUUUCUGCUCUCAUAUUGGAGAAUACUUUCACCUCUAUAUUGGACAUGGCAGGUAUUAUGUUGCCCUUUCUAAAAUGGUUCAUAGGUGGCAGUGCGUCUAAAGGUCUAAAGGUUCUCAAUUGUCUAGUACGCUCACCAUGGAGUACCAUUGAUAUCAUUGAGCAGAUCAAACAGCCUAUCCUGUUUCUUUCUGGGUUGCAAGAUGAGUUAGUUCCUCCAUCUCAUAUGCAGAUGCUGUAUUCUAAAGCAGUAGAACAUAACAGACGUUGUUUAUUUGUUGAUUUUCCAACUGGCAUGCACAUGGACACUUGGUUUUCUGGGGGAGAUCGGUAUUGGAGAAACAUUCAGUUAUUCUUGGAUCAAUAUGUUCCAGAGAUAAAGCAAUGCAAAUCAAGAUGCAAAGACGAUGAUGCUGAUGAUGACCAUGAUACUGCAGCAAGGUGAUCUGCUGCAUUUACUUUAAGGCAGAGCCUGCCAUUUUUCAACCAUGCCUAUCAUAUAUUUCUGAUGCUGCAGCAGUUAAAUCUAUCUAUGGGUGUGACGACUGGUCUCGAUUUGCAGCGCAUUCAGGCAAUUUUGCUAGUCUUCCCAGUGCAAUGUAGAGAAGAUGCCGAAGAUGUGACUCUGUCAAACUGGUUCCAUUACAGUGACACAUUCUCAUUGUGUGAAAUAAGAUGAAAAGAUUGAUUUUCUCGAGAUAAAUGCCAUGAUUGUAUUUUGAACUCGGUAGUUAGAUUAGAUAUCUAUUCAUAAUGUACAAGGUCAAUUAUGUCUAGCCUUGUGAUGUUUUUGGGUUCAACAUAGUUUGUACAAUUACCUAACAUCUUGAUCGUAAACCGAAAAAAAAAAAAGGUUUUGCAAAUAUGUGACUGUGGAGCAUACAAAGUUCUUGAAUCA